GCCGACAUGCCGCCACCUCUGCAUGUUUAAGACCGCGGUUGGAACGUGGGGGGGUCGUCGGUAUCUGGGUUUUUCAGUUUUCCAGCUGUUCUCUAUCUGUGAGGAUUUAAACCCCACGAACCACUGACGCGAGGUGGUAGGCCAUUCAGCAUGGUGCAGCUUUCUCCUUCCCUGACCCUGGACGUUCCCCAUCCACCUGACCGCUCAGGUGAGGGUGGGGAGGAGCACGUGAAGGCCGGCAGUCCUAAGGACAGCUCGGCCGAGGUGCUGAACAGCCUUCAGCUCAGCCUGGAGAUGUCCACCGUCUACAACGGCUAUGAAACUUACAUAGAAGAUGGCCUCAUUUGCCUGAAGCACAAAAUUCGCAACUUGGAGAAGAAGAAGUUGAAACUGAAGGACUACAAUAAGCGCCUGAGCCAGGGUGAGGAGCUAAACAAUGACCAGAAGAUGGCUGCUGAAAAGUAUGAUGAGGUGCUCCAUAACCUGGAAUUUGCAAGGGAACUGCACAAGACCUUGGAUGGGUUGACUCAAAAUCUGCUGAGGGCCCAGAAGAGGGCAGUGAAAAAGGACCAGGUGGCGAAGGUUGAGGCGGAGAAGAAGCGCCUGGCCAUGAUGCUCAGGGUCCAGCACCUCCUUGUGUGCCUGCAGCAGGAGGAAGUACAAAAAGAUCUGCUCAGUGGAAACAACCACGCACCCCACAUCUCAGCCCAACAGCUGCGCAGCCUGAACCACCUCUCUGAUCUGCUGGGGAUCAAGAAAGAUGGACGAAUAAGUUUAGAGGAGCAGAUGGAGCAGGCUGCGCUGGUCUACAUGGACCUACUGGAGGGAAAUGACAAACAAGUCGCUGGAUCAACAUACAAAGCUUUAAAAGAGGAGCUCAUCAGACUGUCAAACUACAGCUACUUCAGUAAUCUUCCGCUUCCAUCAAGCAAGUCUCCACAAACGCUGCUAAACUCAACAAACCACAACCCCAUGUUAAAGUCAAAACAAAAUGAGGUAUCUAAGGAGUUUUUCAGCAGGCUGUACCUGAGUGAAAUGGAGACUCCUUCCACUCAAAACUGGAAGGAGGAUUUCCAGGCCAUGAAGGAGCGGGAGCCACCCGACAGCUGGGAAGUGGAAUUCCCAGAUGAUCCAUCUUCAGUGCGUACUAUAGUCAACAAAUCAUGGAGAGGAGCUGCCACCUUCAUCCCUAAAGUAGCCCCAAAUACCUCCAAGAAGCCUUCUGCUGACUACAAACAGAGAAAAGAGAAGAAGGCCAAAGGGGAACAAAAUGCCAAAGUGUUGGAUAUACCGGUGGAGGUAUUCAGCUCCUCACCCACUCUACCCAAAGACCCCAUUCUGAGGAAGCAGCAGCUGGAGGACCUCAUGACUAAGAUCCACAGCUCCUUCAGCUUCAUGCAGGACUCUCUUUUAGAUGGUGAGAGUUCGGCCACCAACGGUCAUCCCAGGCUGAAGAGACGGCCAUCUGGAACUUCCUCACCUCUUGUUCAGGAUGGGUUGAGAAGUCCACCUGAUCCCCUUCCAAAAGUGAUGCAUUCCACCCCGCUUCCGCCCAGGCUUUUGGACCGUAAAGUUAGUUUGACCAUCGGGGAUCAGUGCCUGGAUUCCGCUGACCUGUCCUCGAAGGACCUACCUCAUGAGUCUUUCCAGUUGUCUGACCGACAGAUAUUUUCACCACCGCUGUACCGAAGAGACUCGGCCAUCACUGCUCCCGAUGAGAAGAGCUGUCCAUGUACCCCAGUGACCGAUUCGGGGAAGCAGUCGCCCUGUAACGGCAUGCAGUCUUGCACUUCCACCCCACCCCAGGCGGAGGAUUUCUCCACGCCGCCCACCAGACGAGCCCUGGCCUCUGCACAGCUGCAGAGCAUUCAGUCAGUUUUCAAGGCCUUACCCCAGAACGGGGAACUGCAGUACAAACCCAGCGCCGCAGUGUUCUCCGAGCCAAAGUACAGCACGGCCAGUACCCAAACCCCACCAGAGUUUGCUCCUCCAGACGAGCCUCAAGUGGUGUACCAGUCAGAUUACACAGUGACCAACGGCGCACAGGGCUACCUGUCCCCUGGUCAGUCAGGUGGGGGCGCGAGUCGAUCCAACCAGUCGUACUACAGAGGAUCAGUGAGAGGUAUGGCACGUGGUGGCAAGGGACUGGCACAACCUUUUCGCUCCUCUGGUUGGCACCGAGGAGGGUCCUACAUCCCUCAGGCACAUCUCAGGGACUCUGGUCCUCUCCUUUAUGCAACAAGGGACUCGGGAUACCAACAUAUCUACAGACGAGCAGGGAGGCAUAACUCCAGUGCCUGGAGUGACUCCUCCCAGGUGAGCAGCCCGGACCGGGACGGUGCCUUCACCAUCGUGGACUCGGGCCACGGGGAUUCCAUGUCCGUAUCCACACUGGAGGUCCCGCUCACUCCCCACAGCCACCACCCUACGACCCUGCUCCCCAUGCAGCUCUACCCCCUCACGCAGCCCCUCCGAGUUGCCUUCACCGCUUCCCGCACCGCCAACUUCGCCCCGGGCAACCUCGACCAGCCCAUCGUCUUCGACCAGCUGCACAGCAACCUGGGGGAGAUGUACGACACGCACAUCGGCCGCUUCACCUGCCCCGUGCCCGGAACCUACGUCUUCAUCUUCCACAUCCUGAAGCUCGCCAUCAACGUGCCCCUCUACGUCAACCUCAUGCGCAACGAGGAGGUGAUGGUGUCGGCCUACGCCAACGACGGCGCCCCGGACCACGAGACCGCCAGCAACCACGCCAUCCUGCCCCUGUUUCAGGGCGACCAGGUCUGGCUCAGGCUGCACCGCGGCGCCAUCUACGGCAGCACCUGGAAGUACAGCACCUUCUCCGGCUUCCUGCUGUACCAGGACUGAGCCGCCGCCGGCCGAGCGUCCCUCCGAUUCCACGCGUACCGUUUUGCGUUGCCUUCUCGUGGGAACCAAAACUGGCAUUUCAUGUUCUAGCAGGUGGAAUAUCUGUGCCUUUUUUUUUUUUUUCCACCCUACACCCAUUCACA